AUGGCAAGCAAGCGGAACCGUGUAAAGGUCUAUGUGUUGAAAGAAGAUCAACAAUGGGGCCAGCUAGGCGUGGGACAAAUCUCAUCAAGUUAUAUAGAGCGGCUCCAAAGCGUGUGUCUGCUUGUUCGGUCAGAGUCUGAUGGCUCACUGAUUUUACAGUCCAAGAUACACCCAAAUGUGCCCUAUCAGAAACAACAGGGCGUGCUGAUUGUUUGGUCCGAAUAUGAGAACCAUGGUGUGGCCCUAAGUUUCCAGGAUCCAGCAGGCUGUCGAGAAAUCUGGGAAGACAUAUGCCAAGUCCAAGGUAAAGACCCAACUCUUGAAAUCACACAAGACCUUUUGGAUGGACCAGAGCAAUUUGAUGAAAUGCCACCAACCAGUAGUCUGGUUGAGCUGCCUAACUGUGAACUCCAUACACUUGAAGAAAUAGCUGAUUUGUUUACUUCUGUCCUUGCUUCACCUAUCCGUAAGGAAAGACUGUCACUGAUCUUGGAAAAUGAAGGUUAUAUUAAAAAACUACUGCAAAUAUUUCACAUUUGUGAGAACCUUAAGAACACUGAAGGCUUACAUAACUUGCAUAAAAUUAUUAAAGGGAUCUUAUUCCUCAACAAAACUCCUCUGUUUGAGAUCAUGUUUUCUGAUGAGUGUAUCAUGGAUGUGGUAGGAUGCCUUGAAUAUGACCCUGCCUUGGCUCAGCCAAAAAGGUAUAGGGAAUUCUUGACCCAAAAUGUAAAGUUCAAGGAAAUUAUACCAAUAACAGACUCUAAACUUCGGCAAAAAAUACAUCAGACCUACAGAGUACAGUACAUUCAUGAUAUUCUAUUUCCCAUACCAUCCAUAUUUGAAGAGAAUCUUCUUUCUACUCUUACAACUUUUAUUUUCUUCAACAAAGUUCAGAUAGUCAGCAUGCUGCUAGAAGAUGAAGUGUUUUUGUUUGAAGGUCUUGCACAGUUAAGGGAUAAGACUACAGAUGACAAUAGACGACGGGAAUUGUUACUAUUUUUUAAGGAAUUGUGUGCACUUUCCAAGACAUUGCAGCCUCAAAGCAAGGAGGCACUAUUCACAACAUUGUUACAACUGGGAAUUCUUUCUGCUCUUAAAAUUUUAAUAAGUGCCAAUGAUCUCCAAAUAAAGAUAACUGCUACAGAUAUAUUUGCUUAUCUAGUAGAGUAUAGUCCAUCUAUGAUUCGAAUAUUUGUAAUGGAGGAAGCUCAGGAUGGUGAAGAUGAUGACCUUUUGAUGAACAUAGUAAUUGAACAAAUGAUCUCUGAUACUGAUCCUGAACUUGGAAGUGCCAUUAAUUUGAUGGGACUUCUUCGUUCUCUACUUGAUCUGAAUAAUAUGCUGCUAGCACCCAAUGAAUGUGAAAGAAGUGAAUUUCUAAAUUUCUUCUAUAAACGUUGCAUGCAAAACUUGGUAGCACCACUUUUGUCUACCACUUCAGGAGACAGAGAUGAAGAGGAUUAUUUAUUUGGACUCGAAAGAAAGAAAAAUUGUCCCAGUGCUGUUCGUUUUAUGAGAAGAAUGAUUGGCCUUAAAGAUGAACUUUAUAAUCGUUACAUCGUCAAGGGAAAUCUUUUUGAGCCAGUUGUAAAUGCAUUUCUGGUUAAUGGAACUCGAUACAAUAUGCUAAAUUCAGCUAUUAUUGAGCUAUUUGAAUACAUACGAGUGGAAAAUAUCAAGUCUCUUGUUGCACAUAUAGUUGAAAAGUUUUACAAGGCUUUUGAAUUGAUUGAAUAUGUUCAGACGUUCAAAGGAUUGAAGAUUAAAUAUGAGCAAGAGAAAGACAGACAAAUUCAAAUAAGGAAGAAUUUACAUUCUAUAUUAUAUAUUAAAAUUUUUUGCAGAGAUGCCAAUGUCAUGGAGGAUGUGAAGGCUGAUAUGUAUUUUAAGGAAAAUACCACAGAAGUACUUAUGCCACCAAUGGGAAAUGACUUUCCAGAUCAUUAUGAUACAUCUAUAGAUACUAAAAUAACAAAAGAAAAUGGAGAAAAGGUAGAUGUUCUCAAAAGAACAUCUUCUGGUGAAUUCAGAGUUUCUUCAUCUAGCUCUCCUGGUGCUGAUAGUGAAAUGAGUAGCCCAUCCAGUAGCAGUUUGAUUGGUUUAGUGGAUUAUCCAGAUGAUGAUAAUGAAGAAGAAGAUAAAGAAGAAGACAUAUCAUCCCCCAGAAAGAGACCUCAUCUUGACUUAUAA